UAAGAAAAUAUCAAUUUUACUACUGAUAUAUAGGUAGAAAAAAUAUAUCUUCCUUCUGUGAAAAAGAUUUUAUUUAAUCGAGAGCAGGGCCAUUUAUUCGAGCUGCUAAUGUGGUUGAACUAAGAUUGAUUGAUAAAACAUUUAUAAUGAUUUUGUUUUUUCUGUUAGGGGGGACUUGUAAAAGGACAGAAGCCGUAUCAGUAGAUCUGGGAAAAUGCGUGCCUUUUAUCGGAAUAUACAGAGGUGGAAAAGUAGCUCUGCACGAUUUGUACAAGUUACUGGUUAUAGACUCUAUGCUCGUGGAUUGUGACUGCAGGACAAUGCGCUGGAGCUGUGACCGAUGUGAAAUUUUGUACAGAGGUGCCGAAGAUGAGAUUGACAGAGAAACACUGCUUGAUUAUUAUAGAAGCCAAGAAAAUCUAGGAAAAGAAUACACAGCUUUGCAAAAUGAAUCUAUGUUUGAAGCUAUGUAUGAGAAAGCUGAAAGUAUCUUCGAACAGCUCAGCCCGGAAAUGUUUGAAAAAGAAGGCAACGUUUCCACCUACGGUUUACUCAUCGAGAUGCUUCAUGUUUAUAUACUCCCAGAAAUUAAGUUCCAAAAGAAACAUGAAGAAGCCAUGCAGAAGGUACACGAUACCAUCAAGAAUGAUUUUCAAAAUUUUGAAAUGCGCAUUGAAACUAAUGUAGAAACGUUGACUAAGUACGAAGAGGACCUUGCCAAAGAAAGGAAAUUCUUUCUUGAGCCGGAAAGAGUUACAGCUGUUCUCAAAUCUCUACCCAGGGAUGAGGAAUUUAUAAAACUCCUGCUAAAGGAUAUGGAAAUGGACAUUAAAAAACUAGACGGUAAAUUGAUUCUGUUGACUGACAAAAUUGCUACGCUGAGAUCUUCUACAGAUGAAACGCAUAUCAAAGAUCUCGCAGAUAUUCGCGAGAACAGAGAUACAAUAUCAAAAGAAAAAGAAACCAUUUUGUCUGCUAGAGAAGAACUAACACAUGGAAUUUUAAACGCAGAAUUUGUGCAUGAUAAAAAAGCAAACGGAAGUGUUUUAGAGCGAUCAAAAUCUCAAGCAGACAGAACUAGUCACAUGUCUAACAAAUAUGAGGAAUAUAAAAGGAAAGCUACUAAAAUUGAAUCUUUGAAGACUGAUAUAAAGGAACAAAUUAACAUCAAAAUACGAUUGUCGACCGUCAUGGAAUCCGUGAAAUAUGCACUGAAGUACUGACAAAUAUGUAAACAUACAUCGGAAUCUGCUGCACCAUAGUAUAAAAUGUUUUAAGGCAGUCGGCCCGAAUUGAUAGUCGGCAAAUAAUGUAUUCUUCAAUAUGCGAUUUCGGCAGUCUCCGUAUAUGUUUUCGGCAUUCUUCGGUUUCUUUUAUGGAAAGGCACGUGCGCGUUCAUCUCAGUACAGAUCUGGUGCAGCCGUUCUGUGCAUGCCCGGAAUGAUUAUCGAUAGGAGCGCACGGCAAAAAUACGCAUUUUUGGCAUGUCCGCACGCAUUUAGUGUAUAAUAUGUGUAAUAUACUGACUAAAUGUUUAGGGUGGGUAUCACCAUGGUUACAAGAUAUAUACCUUUAAGAUAUUUUUCUUUCAAAUUGCUAGAAUCCGGUAUAUACCGGAGUCUGUAAUAUAUCACAGGCGCACCUGAUCUAACUAAUUUACGUCUUGGUUUGCAUACUUCUUUCUAAGCUUUUGUUGUUUUUUUUCUUUGGUAUGCUCUUUAAGCAUUUCCCAUUGUUGAUCUUUCUUUUGGUAGAUGCACAGAUAAAAUACUUUAUACGUAUUAUUUUAAGAUGUAGGGAUUCUCCCAUUAUUUACAUUACCGCUGCAUUAGUCCACAAGGUUGCAUUUGGAUGGAAUAUGUGGUACACAUGCAGAGAACCAUUUUUAUGGUGGACAUUAAGGUAUAUCGCAUUCGCGCGCGCUCGGUGUUUGAAGCAUGUUUCGUUUUAUCGUCCUGGCGCGCGUGCCAACGCCCCAAACGAAAUUUUGGAGAAAAAAAUGUGUGUCGUUUUAGUGCACAUACCAAUGUAGCAAACCAAACUAACAACCAUAGAGUACGACAGACGCAUGCGCCAUCAACAAAAAUGAAAUAUUUCGUGUUUUUGCGUUUGCAAGCCAACAUGCAUAUUAUACACUAAAUGCGUGCGGACAUGCAAAAAAUUGCGUAAUUUUGCAGUGCGCUCCAGUGGAUAAAUCAUUCCGGGCAUGCGCAGAACGGCUGCACCAGAUCUGUAAUGAGAAAAGUUUCAAGUUUAUUGAUAUUAUUCAGGGCCCAUAAGGGCAUGUGACAUGCAUGACAAAUAACACUUCGAAAAGAAACACGCUACAAAUACCACGCGCAUGCCAAUGCAACACAACGAAAUGUCUUAAAGCAGCCACCAUAUAUGUUAAAUCCGCGAAUAGGCCUACCCGCUUUCUUGGUAACUAAUUAUUCUACAACUUGUUAAUAGACCGUACUGAUAUGUUGUAAUUAUAUCUAAAAUUCUACAUCAUACAUUUUAUAUUAAUUUUAUAUUAUUUUAUUAUCAAAAUUGUAUAUUUAAUAUUUUGUUAUUAAACGUAGAUA